AUGCGCAGAGCCGCCUCCGCAUCAUGGCGGGCGUCGUCUCGCAUCGUGCCCCGUCCGGGCUUGUCUCCGAGCCAUAAUGUUCAACCAAUGCAUUUGCGAAGUCGACAACCGCAGAUCCGCCAAUCUAGCGGUCCCCGUCAGCUGGCAGAUGACCCCAGAUGGAUUUCAGUCGUCGAUAACCCAUCUAGGAUUGUUCGCACGGGUCGGAAACAUGGACCUGGUCUCAUUAUUUUGGCUUUAAUUCCUGUUACGGCCUUUAUUCUGGGCACCUGGCAGGUUCAGCGUCUGGACUGGAAGACCAAGUUGAUUGCGAAAUACGAGGACCGUCUCGUCAAGCCUCCGCUGCCGCUCCCGCCGCGGAUUGACCCUGAAGCGAUCUCCGAGUUUGAUUACCGCCGUGUCUACGCUAGGGGCCACUUCCGACAUGAUCAAGAGAUGCUGGUCGGUCCGCGCAUGUAUGAGGGCGAAGAUGGAUACUUUGUCGUGACCCCGCUCGAGCGGGGAGAGGGCGAAAGCACCAUCUUGGUGAACAGAGGCUGGAUCUCAAAGACUAUGGCCGAUCAGAAGGAUAGAGAGCUAGGCUUGCCCAAGGGGGAGGUUGUUGUCGAGGGCCUGCUACGGGAACCGUGGAAGAAGAACAUGUUUACGCCAGACAACAAGCCCGAGGAGGGGAAGUUCUAUUUCCCUGAUGUGUACCAGAUGGCAGAGUUUACUGGAAGUCAACCUGUCUGGAUUGAAGAGACUAUGACGCCGGGUCUGAUCGAAUCGUGGGAUAGAGCGGCCAAGGGCAUACCAAUUGGUCGUGCGCCCGAAGUCAACCUAAGGAACAACCACAUGCAGUAUAUCUUCACCUGGUACGGCUUGUCUGCCGCCACCGCAAUCAUGUUCUGGAUGAUUGUCCGGAAGCGACCGAACGAGGCGGUUCGGAGAGUCCGUCAUAAUACGACUUGGUAA